UUUCCAAAAAGAUAGCAGAGCCAGAGAAUAGAAGAGCAUCCGCAUUUAUCAAAAAAAAAGAAAAAGCAUCCGCUUCGCUUUUUUUUUAAUCAACGAAUCCAGAUUAGAAUUAGAUACAAUAAUAGUUUCUUCUUCUAUCGCAAUAUAAAAACAACGUUCGCUCUGUAAUCCGAAACUCCAAAUUGGUCACAAUCACAAUCACAAACAACACAGUAAAGAGAGAGAGAGAGAGAGAAAUGGCAGACACUCUGAGCGCUUUGAGGUCUCUAAUGGCUUCUCACUCCCCACCCCUCGAUGCUUUGGUUGUUCCGUCCGAAGAUUAUCAUCAGAGCGAGUAUGUAUCGGCACGGGACAAAAGGCGUGAAUUUGUUUCUGGCUUCACCGGAAGUGCCGGUUUGGCACUUAUAACAAUGAAGAAAGCACUGCUUUGGACCGAUGGACGAUACUUUUUGCAGGCUGCAAAGGAACUUAGUGAUCAAUGGAAUCUCAUGCGUAUUGGAGAGGACCCGGCUGUAGAUGUCUGGAUGGCAGAUAAUCUGCCUAAGGAAGCGGCCAUUGGUGUUGAUCCUUGGUGUGUGUCAAUAGACACUGCAAAAAGAUGGGAGCAUGCUUUUGCCAAGAAACAGCAGAAGCUGGUUCAAACUUCUAAAAAUUUGGUGGAUGAAGUCUGGAAAAAUCAGCCACCACCAGAAAUUAAUCCUGUUAUCAUACAUCCAUUGGAGUUUUCUGGUCGUUCUAUUAAAGACAAGUUGAAUGAUUUGAGAGAAAACCUUAAGCAAGAGAAAGCUCGUGGUAUAAUCAUCACAGCACUUGAUGAGGUUGCUUGGCUGUAUAACAUUCGUGGGAGUGAUGUGUCCUACUGUCCAGUUGUUCAUGCAUUUGCUACAGUAACAUCCAACUUAGCUCUCUUAUAUGUGGACAAGAGGAAGGUGUCUUCUGAGGUGCUCUCUUAUAUGGAGGAGAAUGGAAUUGAAGUUAGGGAGUAUGGUGCAGUGAGCUCAGAUGUGGCCUUGCUUGCAUCUAAUCAACUCAACACUUUGUCUGCCGUUAAAGGAACUCAAGCUGAAGUAACAGGAAAUGAUACAAAGGAAAUGAAAAAUGAGCUUGAACUUAUAUGGGCUGAUCCUACUUCAUGUUGCUAUGCUUUGUAUUCAAAACUGGAUGCUGAUAAGGUUCUUCUGCGGCCUUCACCUUUGGCCCUUGCAAAAGCUAUUAAGAACCCAGUUGAAUUGGAAGGAUUAAAAAGGGCUCAUGUUCGUGAUGGUGCAGCUGUUGUGCAAUACCUUGUCUGGUUAGAUCAUCAGAUGCAGGAGAUAUAUGGUGCUUCUGGUUACUUUUUGGCGGAUGUAGGAGCAAAGAAGAAAAAGCAUUCGGAAACCAUGAAGCUAACAGAAGUGACUGCAAGUGAUAAGCUGGAGGGUUUUCGAGCUUCAAAAGAGCAUUUCAGAGGCUUAAGUUUUCCUACUAUUUCAUCAGUUGGUCCCAAUGCGGCAAUUAUCCACUAUGCACCACAGGCAGAAACAUGUGCUGAGCUUGAUCCAGACAGAAUCUAUCUUUUCGAUUCGGGAGCACAGUAUGUAGAUGGAACGACUGAUAUAACAAGAACAGUACAUUUUGGAAAACCUUCAGAACAUGAGAAAGCAUGCUAUACUGCAGUCCUCAAGGGUCAUAUUGCUCUAGGAAAUGCUCACUUUCCUAAUGGAACGAAUGGUAAUGCCCUAGACAUUCUUGCUCGAGUUCCUUUGUGGAAGUAUGGUCUUGAUUAUCGACAUGGUACUGGUCAUGGAAUUGGUUCUUACCUAAAUGUUCAUGAAGGACCCCAUUUAAUUAGUUUUAGACCACAGGCACGGAAUGUUCCACUACAAGAAUCCAUGACCGUAACAGAUGAACCUGGUUACUAUGAGGAUGGGAAUUUUGGUAUUAGGCUGGAGAAUGUGCUCAUAAUAAAGGAUGCUGGUACAAAAUUCAACUUUGGCGACAAGGGUUACUUAUCAUUUGAGCACAUAACAUGGGCACCGUAUCAGAGAAAGCUGAUUGACUUGAGCCUUUUAAUUCCUGAAGAGAUAGAUUGGCUAAAUAGCUACCAUUCGAAGUGUAGGGAUAUCCUUGCCCCCUACUUGAAUGAAUCUGAGUCGGCAUGGCUGAAGAAAGCCACAGAACCUAUAAGCAUUUAAGGCUAUGGAAAAGAGACUGGUGCUUAAGCUUGUGAUGUACAAGUUGAUUUCAAUAAUUUGUUCCAUGUCUUUGGACCAUUGUAUUUUUUUUUCUGCUUGAAUCAAUAUGUUAAUGAUUUUUUAGAAGUUUUAAUUGAAAAGUUUAUAUUUACCUUU